AUAAUUGAAAAAGAACUACAUAAAAUAAUAUGAAUUCUUACAAAUUGUUAUAAUUGUGUUAACCUUUAGUAAACAAAAGAGACUCUUAUGUUUUACACUCCUGUUGGAGGUUGGUUGAUGUGUUGUAACAGUAAAAAGGUCAUUAUUUUGCUGUGAUUUUAUUUUGAACUACAAUUCCCUGCACCAACAAGACAACUGCAUCGGAUCAACAUUUCCAAAAAACACAUCUUGAACUCAGGAGCGCAUAUCACUGUUAGCCUGAAGCCAGUGUGGUGGAAAAUAAUGAACUGUUAUCAGGAGUUGUUAAAAAAAAAAAAUCAGGUUUGUGAAGCAUUGAUUUGGAUUAAUGUAUUUGGUUAAUGUGUGGAAACUUUUAUAAAUUGGUUUAAAGGAAAAAGCUUUGGACAUCAUCUGUCGUGAUGAAGAACAAAUCAAGCAUCGGCCGUGUGAUUUGAACCAAUGUGUGUCGUUUUUUCGGCACACGCCUCAAAGCUUCAGAUUAAAGGAAAUUAAAAUAUUUUCCUGAAAUUCAUCACCAACAACCAGGAUAUUUAACUAAGAGCAAAGUUAAACUGCUGAAAGAGGUGAAGCAGAAGCCUUCCUGAAGAAUCUCCAGAACACGCAGAAAUUGUUUGCUACAUUUAAAAGACAAAUGAAGCAAAGUCCUGACAUGGAGAAACAUCAGCACUCUGUCAAGAGUUUUACUCAACAGAGUGAUCUCAAAAAACACCAGCGCAUUCACACAGGAGAGAGACCGUAUCACUGCUCGGACUGUGGGAAGAGUUUUACUGAACAGAGUAAAUUCAAAAUACAUCAACGCAUUCACACAGGAGAGAAACCAUAUCACUGCUCAGACUGUGGGAGGAGUUUUAAUCAACAGAGUCAUCUCAAAAGUCACCAGCGCAUUCACACAGGAGAGAAACCUUAUUACUGCUCAGACUGUGGGAAGAGCUUUAAUCGACUGGAGACUGUCAAACGGCAUCAGCGCAUUCACACAGGAGAGAAACCGUAUCACUGCUCGGACUGUGGGAAGAGUUUUAAUCAACAGAGUGAUCUCAAAAAACACCAGCGCAUUCACACAGGAGAGAAACCGCAUCACUGCUCAGACUGUGGGAAGAGUUUUAAUCAACAGAGUGCUCUCAAAAUACACCAGCGCAUUCACACAGGAGAGAAACCGUAUUACUGCUCAGACUGUGGGAAGAGUUUUAAUCAUCACAGUCAUCUCAAAAAACACCAGCGCAUUCACACAGGAGAGAAACUUUAUUACUGCUCAGACUGUGGGAAGAGCUUUAAUCAACUGGAGACUGUCAAACGGCAUCAGCGCAUUCACACAGGAGAGAAACCGCAUCACUGCUCGGACUGUGGGAAGAGUUUUACUGAACAGAGUGCUCUCAAAAUACACCAGCGCAUUCACACAGGAGAGAAACCGCAUCACUGCUCGGACUGUGGGAAGAGUUUUACUGAACAGAGUGCUCUCAAAAAACACCAGCGCAUUCACACAGGAGAGAAACCGUAUCACUGCUCAGACUGUGGGAAGAGUUUUAAUCAACAGAGUAAUCUCAAAAUACACCAGCGCAUUCACACAGGAGAGAAACCGUAUCACUGCUCAGACUGUGGGAAGAGUUUUACUAAACAGAGUAAUCUCAAAAGUCACCAGCGCAUUCACACAGGAGAGAAACCAUAUCACUGCUCAGACUGUGGGAAGAGUUUUACUAAACAGAGUAAUCUCAAAAAACACCAGCGCAUUCACACAGGAGAGAAAAAUGUCCCAAAUUUGUCUCAUGGCAAUUAAAAGCGCAAAUCAUAAAUUCCACCAGAAACAAAUAUGAACUGUAUUUAACAAUGGAUUUUACAGGUUCAGCAAAACUAUUCUUAUCCAGGGAUGAUGUGUAUAGAAUUCCAUGUUAUGUUUGUAUGUCUUGUAAGUUUGAAUAUUCCAGGACAUUCUUUGUGAGACAGAGCUCAGUUUUUAGGUUAGUUACUGUUGCGCAGUAAGGUUACAGGCUCAUUCACUCCCUCUGCUGGUGUUCUUGUUUGUCUAUGGUUCAGUCCAAUUAAAAAUCUGUUACUAUAGAGGGAUAUAGAGGGAUAUUUGGUUGUGUUGUAUUACUCAAGUUUUAUACUCUCUUAUCUUUUCCUUAUUGAAUAUUAAAUGUUGCUUAUGUUUUUUUUAAUCUCCAAAGUUACUAAGAAUAUCCAAAUAAUGUAGUUUCUUAAUUGUUUUUAUCCAGUACAAACUAUUAUCGCUGCUACUGUGUUGCCAGUUGCCAGUGUUGUAUCUUAAAAAGUCCACACUAAACUGUGAGAGGUUUAAGCUUGACGAGAAAUAUCGUCACGUCUUAAUCUCGUGAGAUCUCGUGCCACGAUACAGGAUUUGCUAUUUUACUGACCAAA